AUGUCGGUGGUGUCCGAAACAUCCCAGAAUCGGCCUGAUUCCCCUCCAGUCGUUGUCAACGACAACAACACAGUAACUGUCCAUCCCCGCAGAAAGUCGGGGUCCUAUCGCGAUUCACCUGUAGUGACCGUGACACUUGAGAGACUUUCCAAACUGUAUGGUCAUAGCGUUGAGGAGGCAGCGAGGCAGCUGGGACUAUCAGCGACGGCGUUGAGGAGGGUCUGUAGAAAGCUCGGCAUCAACAAGUGGCCAUAUGAACGCAAGCAGGUGACCCCCAGCCAACUUGGAGAAGACGAGUUUGAGCUCGACGACGACGAUAAGAUUCAAGAGGACUUCGAUUUCUGUGCAUCGAGUGGGACGACGAGUUGCAGCCAUGACGACCAGGAAUACAUCCAACGUGCUAUAUUGUUUCAUAUGAGCUCACAAAGAGUUUCCGGCCACAAUGCAAAGAAGGGAAGCGAGAGCGUUGAUGCGGAGGACCUUGCUGAAGGAUCAGGGGAGGACAGCAGCUCGUCCGAGGAGCUGGCGUUAGACAAACACUUUAUUGCAGAAUUUAUCAGAGGUGACGAAGGGAAGUGGGCCGAACAAUCGUGA